AUGAUUUUCCAAACUUUUAUAAGAUGUUUGGGACAUAUUAUUGAGAAAGGGAGGAUUAUUCCAAUAAAUAGAAGUAUUGAAUUUGCUUCUAAAUUCCCUGAUAUAAUUACGGAUAAAACCCAGCUCCAGAGAUUUCUAGGAAGUUUAAAUUACAUUUCUGCUUUUAUAAAGGACCUUGCUAAAGAUAUUGCUAUUCUUUAUGAAAGAUUAAAGAAGAACCCCAAAGCAUGGACUGACAGUCAUACUGAUGCAGUUAAGAGAAUUAAACAAAAGGUUAAUAACCUUCCAUGUCUAACUCUCGCCAAUCCUACUUGGGCAAACAUUGUGGAAACUGAUGCCUCUGAUAUUCGUUAUGGAGGAAUAUUAAAACAAUGUUAUCCAAUAGAUAAACAAGAAUAUCUUGUUCAGUUUUAUUCUGGAGAAGAACAGAGUACUUCUGAUAUAGAAGUAAACAUGGAAGAAAUUGAAGAUUUUCUUGCAAAAUUGAAGGAAAUCACAGAAGAAUCUUCUGUAAGGAUAAACGACAAAGGGAAAGAUAAGGCAUGA